ACAUCAUGUACCCCAAUAAUCACCCAUGUUGGGAUGACUAAUGCUAAAAAAGGUUUAGGUACGUUUGUUACACUUUCAAACGUUGGAGACAAAAGUGCAAAUUCGCUUUCAAUGAAGAUGAACCCCUUUCUCCUUUGGCAAUUUGCAAACCAACUUUAUAUUUUCUCUGCUACUUCAGCUCGCUUUCUAACUUUGGAUGCUUUCUACUUUCUCUCUCUAGGGUUUCUCUUCUGCAGGUGGAGUGAGUGCACUUUGAAAAUGGUGAGACAGAAGAUUCAGAUCAAGAAGAUUGAUAACUUGACUGCACGCCAAGUGACCUUUUCAAAGAGAAGAAGAGGGGUUUUUAAGAAGGCUCAAGAACUCUCCACUCUUUGUGAUGCUGAGAUUGCCCUAAUUGUUUUUUCUGCCACUGGAAAACUCUUCCAUUAUUCUAGCUCAAGCAUGAUGGAAUUAAUUGAAAGGCAUGGAAGGCAAUCAGAGAACUCGAGCAAAUUAGGGCAACCAUCUCUCCAACUUCAAGAAAAUGAUAGCUAUGGCUUGCUCAGCAAGUUGCUAGUGGAAAAGACUCGUGAAUUAAGGCAACUCAAGGGAGAAGAGCUCCAAGGACUUGACACGGAUGAGUUGAUCAAACUAGAGAAAAGGGUACAAGGAGUACUAAACCAUGUUGUGGAAACAAAGAAUGACAAGUUUUUUAAAGAGAUAAAUAUGCUCAUGAAAAAGGAAUCUAAAUUAAUGAAAGAAAAUGCUAAGUUAAAACAGCAAGCAGAAAAACCUGAUGGUACUGGAAAUAGUAUUGAGCGAAGCAAUUCAUCCGAGUGUAUCACCAAUUCU